AUGGAGAAGAAAGCACAUUGUAAGUUGCACAGUCAUGUAGAAGAAAAAGACAAAGUGAAGUGGUAUAAUGCAGGAAAGCAUGGUAGCGAGGAAGAUACUCUGAGGAAGAAACUUAGAAUGUGGACUAGAGUAGCGUUAACAAGCACAGCACUCAGCUCACAGAAACCACAGGGAGGUGAGAGAAAAGGGGAAGUGAACAGCUCAAAGACCAGAGAGAGAAAGGAAGAGAAUGCAGGAAGCACUCAGACUACCCCUUCUGCUCCGCCCCCAGAAAAGCCCAACCCAACUUCAUUAUACCCGAUUUUGAACCAUCCCCCACCAUAUGAGCCGUCCCAACAGCAGGUAGUGGUGGAGAUCAGCAACGGAGAAGUAGAUGUUGAUUUAGGAGGAAUGACAGAUGCAAUAGAACAAUUAAAUUAUGAAGUCAGGGAAAUAAAGGCAGUAAUAAGGAAGGGCAAAGAUGGCCACGAAUACCAGCAACAACCCAAACCGAGACAAAAGGUACCGCAAAGUAUACAAACAUUAGAGGAAGUGGAGGAAGAAGUGAGUGAGGGGGAAUUAGGAGGAGGUUUAAUACAAUUACCAACUACUUCACCACGUAUAACAUUAACAAGAUCACCACCGUCUACACCCCAACCCAUAAUACUGCCUCCUACCCCAGGUAAUUACGCACCAUACCCAGAAGCAGGGUAUGAAAGGGAAAUACCCAUAAAAGUCCAGAUUACUGGAGACAUGACUGUAGGGGAGCCAAUAGCAAAAAGAACAAGAAGCUUGGUUCAACAUGGCCAGGGAGAAGAAGACUUUUUUAGGUACGGCCCACAGCACCAAUUGUUUAUGCCCCAAAUCCAGGCGCCCCUAGUGACAAGAGCAGGUGGAAAUCGCCUAUAUCAACCUUGGUCACACAGUGACAUGACAGCAAUAGCGAGUAAAUUGCCACCCAUUACCUCAGGAGGCAGCAGAUGGUUGAGUAAGCUGACAGCACUCAGCCAUGGCACUGACUUGGCUUUGGGUGACUUGAGAUGCCUGUUGGGUCAGAUACUGACAGCCUCACAAAUGCAAAAUUUAGAGCUCGAUGCAAAUACUAUGUAUGUUGCAAAUGAGAUACCAUUUACCAGAGUAAGUACUGUUGUAAGCCAAACUCUUCGUCGAAUAUAUCCUGUGCCACCAACAGUGUACCAGAAUAUAAAAUUCCGCAUUAAGCCAGGUGAGACUGGAGCGGCUUAUUAUUUCCGUUGUGCUGCUGAGUGGGAACAAAUGGUGGAGGAAAACAGUUUAAACAACCCUGUGACACGAGACAUAUUUAGAGCAGCAGUAAUGACAGGAGCUCCAAAUGGAGUAAAACAAGCAAUGGAGAAUAACCCAGAUAUCCCAGUGGCAAGUAACGAGGUAUGGGAAAGACAUUUAGUGCACCACACAGACAGAGCAGUGGAAAGAGCCAAUAAAGAGGAAGAGGAACUAGAAAGAGUUAAAACCCAGUUGUUAAAAUUGCAAUUAGAAAAAGCCAAAAGUGAAGGGACAACCAAAAAGGCCAAGCAAAUGCCACAACAUACUCCCAAUGCACCCCAACCCAUAGACCCAUAUCAAGGACCCCCUUACAGUGGUUCUCCUUUUAGAGGACCGACACACCACCAUCCAUAUAGCAACCCACAUUAUGCCCAAGGAACAAACCGUAGGCAGGGAUCCCCCUGGAGAGGAAAUGGACGUAGACAGGGAGGGCAAGGGAGAGGGGGGCAGAGUGGGACGCAGUGUUUCGUGUGCGGCGAAAAUGGACAUUGGGCAAGAAAUUGUCCACAAAACGAGUCACAGACUCAAGGCCAAUAUAACGGUCCACCUGCGGGGGGAUGGGGUCCCCGAAGAGGUGGCGCCGGUGGUCUUGGCAGGGGACCACAAACCCCAUACAACCCGGGGCAACACUUCCCGUCACCUUCCAACCUACAGGUGCCUGUGCACCCAACAUGGGGCCCGGAGGGUGGGGCGGAGGAAUGUUGAAG